AUGGCCGAAGUCGGCGAGGACAGCGGGGCCCGCGCCCUGCUGGCGCUGCGCUCGGCACCCUGCAGCCCCGUGCUUUGCGCCGCCGCCGCCGCCGCCUUCCCCGCCGCCGCCGCCCCCGCGCCCGGGCCCGCCGCGCCGUCUCCGCCGCCGCCCGCCCAGCCCCCGCCCCCGCCCCCGCCGCCGCCGGGCUCGAUCGCCGGGGGCGCGGGGGGCGCGGCGGGCGAGGCCCUGGUGGCCGCGGCGGCCGCCUCGGUGCGCCGGAGCCCCGGGCCCGCGCUGGCGCGCCUGGAGGGCCGCGAGUUCGAGUUUCUCAUGCGGCAGCCCAGCGUCACCAUCGGUCGCAACUCGUCGCAGGGCUCGGUGGACCUGAGCAUGGGCCUGUCCAGCUUCAUCUCGCGACGCCACCUGCAGCUCAGCUUCCAGGAGCCGCACUUCUACCUGCGGUGCCUCGGCAAGAACGGCGUCUUCGUGGACGGGGCCUUCCAGCGUCGCGGCGCGCCCGCCCUGCAGCUGCCCAAACAGUGCACCUUCCGCUUCCCCAGCACGGCGAUAAAGAUCCAGUUCACGUCGCUGUACCAUCAGGAGGAGGCCCCGGCGUCUCCGCUCCGGCCGCUCUACCCGCAGAUCUCCCCGCUGAAGAUCCACAUCCCGGAGCCGGACCUCCGGAGCCUGGUCAGCCCCGUCCCCUCCCCGACUGGCACCAUCAGCGUCCCCAACUCCUGCCCGGCCAGCCCCCGAGGGGCCGGGUCCUCCAGCUACCGCUUCGUCCAGAACGUGACCUCGGACCUGCAGCUGGCGGCAGAGUUUGCCGCGAAGGCCGCCUCGGAGCAGCAGGCCGACGCGUCCGGAGGGGACAGCCCCAAGGACGAGUCGAAGCCGCCGUACUCCUACGCACAGCUGAUCGUGCAGGCCAUCUCCUCGGCACAGGACCGGCAGCUGACGCUGAGCGGCAUCUAUGCACACAUCACCAAGCAUUACCCCUACUACCGGACGGCCGACAAGGGCUGGCAGAAUUCCAUCCGCCACAACCUCUCUCUGAACCGCUACUUCAUUAAGGUCCCUCGCUCCCAGGAGGAGCCCGGGAAGGGGUCCUUUUGGCGGAUAGACCCCGCCUCCGAGGCCAAGCUCGUGGAGCAGGCGUUCCGGAAGCGGAGGCAGCGGGGCGUCUCCUGCUUCCGCACCCCCUUCGGGCCGCUGUCAUCCAGGAGCGCCCCAGCUUCACCCACCCACCCCGGGCUCAUGUCCCCACGUUCCAGUGGCCUGCAGACUCCAGAGUGCCUGUCCCGGGAGGGCUCACCCAUUCCGCAUGACCCUGACUUUGGGGCAAAGUUAGCUUCUGUUCCCGAGUAUCGGUAUUCCCAAAGCGCACCUGGCUCUCCUGUCAGCGCCCAGCCGGUGAUCAUGGCCGUGCCGCCCCGACCGCCCAAUCUGGUGGCCAAGCCCGUCGCCUACAUGCCGGCUUCCCUAGUGACGGCCCAGCAGCCCUCGGGCCACGCCAUCCACGUGGUGCAGCAGGCGCCCCCUGUCACCAUGCUCAGGGUGGUCACCAGCUCCGCCAGCUCUGCCAACGGCUACAUCCUCACCAGCCAGGCCUCGGCGGGGGCGGCCCACGAAGCGGCGGGCACGGCCGUGCUGGACCUGGGCAGCGAGGCUAGAGGCUUGGAAGAGAAGCCCACCAUCGCGUUUGCCACCAUCCCUGCCGCCAGCCGAGUGAUCCAGACGGUGGCCAGCCAGAUGGCCCCAGGGGUCCCCGGACACACGGUCACCAUCCUGCAGCCGGCCACACCAGUGACCAUCGGGCAGCACCACCUUCCGGUCCGGGCCGUCACUCAGAACGGCAAGCACACCGUCCCCACGAGUAGUCUAGCCGGCAGCGCUUACGCCCUCGCCAGCCCCCUGCAGCUCCUCGCGGCUCAGGCUAGUUCAUCCACCCCGGUGGUGGUCACGCGUGUGCGCGAGGUGGGGCCUGAGGAGCCGGCAGCAGCGGCAGCAGCGGCGGCCACCAGCACCGCCGCCACCGGCGCCUCCGCUUCUCCCCCCGGGGAGCCCGAGCUCAAGAGGUCCCGAGUGGAGGAGCCCAUGGGGACUGUGACCACGCAGGCCGGGGCGAUUGCGGCCGCCGGCCCACAGGGCCCCGGGACCGGGGAGUGACGUCGCCAGCGUGGAGGUGGAGUGGGACACACGCCAAAAGGAGUUCCGGAGCUGGGCCAAGGCGGCCGACACCACCGCCGCUCGGGACCGAGAUGAGAGGGCUCCACGCGGACCGAGCUCGGUGCCAAACGGGCAGGACACCACCGUCCACGUGCACCCGGACACACUCAUCCUCCCGGCGUCUUAUCUCCUGCCCCUGCUCUGGUUUAAAACAAAAACCCAUAAAAACGUUCAGACAGCUGAUUGUACGGUUCUGGGAAUUCUUUGUUUUCGUUUCUUUCUCCCCCCAGCAGCACCUUUUCUCCCCAUGCCUUUCGUCAAGGGCGUGGGGAGAAGGUGGUAGCUCAGCGUCUCCGGGACCACGUCCAGGCGGCCCCGACCCCGCACAGGAGCCAGGCUCCCAGAGCAGCCGUCGCCCCGAGGACGGGACAGAGAUGCAGCCUGGUGCAGACGGGCCUCCAAAAGAGAGCACAGGCCUGGGGAUCCAGCCCUGUUUGCAAGAGAUUGGAAAGAGGCGAGAGAAAGGCAGCGCCGCCCGAUUGCAGACUGUCCUAUGGUUUCUUCUCCUAAAAGUGACGUAGAAAGUAUUGGCAUUAAUGGGACGGAGGGGAGGGGCUUGGUCUGGCUUUGGGCCCCAAAUGUUUCUGGUUUUGUUGAAACACGGAAUUCAGGCUUCGUCGUCAACCUGAGACAGACACAGAAGGGAUCAUCUGUUUUUGCGGUUUUCAUCUGUAGAUGGUUUAGCGGCCGUAGGUCUGGACUUCUUACUGGCAUUAAUCCCACGGAGAGUAAACCUGCCGCUCUGUCUGUUAACUUCAAGAAAGACUGACGGCCUCCCGGACUGGUGUUCAAGGCAGAAAGUUGUUCACACGAAGGUCCACCUGAGCCGGCGGCUGCAGCGUCUGACCUGCGUCCCGGCCACACGGGGGACAUGCGGCCACUGGUCCUUGGGGGAAGGAGGUGGCCGCUCGACAGGACUGUCACGUCGAGUGGCCCCCGUUUCCCAGUGACUCUGAUGGCCGGCUGCCACGCGGCCGCUCACCAGGCUUUAUCCCCAGGUUCCAGUGUCUUCACUGCCCGACAGCCUGCCUGGCGUUUCCCAUCGGAACCGUGUCUGCUGCCCGCGGCGCCGGAGGCCUUGGGCUCGGCCCGCAGCUCGCGCCGGCUCAUUGGGACCCCCUGCGCCCCCCGGAGACGUGAGCAGACCAGGGGGAGCCUGCAGGCCUUCAGCUUCGCUGGGAGCACGUUCUCAGGAAAUGUUACGCACGUCUCUGAAAAGUGGCUUUCAACUUGGCCUGGCGCCCCGCGUCGGACCUUCCGCACGAGCUCCAGGGGCCCCGGUGGAAACAGUUCCUCCCUCACGGAGCGCCGUCCGCAUCAGGGCCCCGACGGCAGCGCCACCGCAGGGCCAGGUGUGGCCAGGUGCUCUAGCUGUCGCGGUUGUCCCCGCAUGCCUGGCCCGGGAAACGCCUGGUCCGGCGUCCGCGGCGCUGAACCCCACGUGGGAAGCAGCUCUCCUGUGACGUGGCCAAGACGGGGAGGGGUGGUGCCUCGGCCCCGUUCCCGCCCGGUGGUGAGAGGCGCUCACGACCCGCUGACGUUCUGUGUUGUGUCGCGUGGACUGUGUCUUUGGCCGCGCCUGGUGUGUGUGGGCGAGUGUGAGAGCGAGUGAGGCCAAGGCGGGCGCCCCGACGCCGGGGGCCUGGCCCCCGUGGGUCCUCGGCCAGGGCUCCGGGGCGGCCAUCGCUUCCUUCCCCUUCGUUGCUGCUCGGUCCCGGGGCCGCGCAGGCCUCCCGCAGGGGCCUUUUGCUCGCGAGCUGCCCUCCUCGGGAGAGCUGGCGCCCCCCACGGAGGACAGACGCCCAGGACAGCUGAGGCCACUGGACGCCCUCAGCCCCGGGCCUCGCUGCUUGGUCUGGCCAGUCUGGCCCUGACCCUGUGCUUUCCUGACGUCUGAGCUGCUUUGGUUUCUGUCUGUUAUCAGCGGCGAUCCCACUGUUUAUUCUGGCCGUGGUUCAGGGAGAAGGGAGUGGAGGGGGGUGACCGGAACCGGAAGGGAGACAGGACAGGGUAUCCUUCGGUGACAUUCUGCCACGUGGAGAGCUUGUUCCUUUUUUGCUCCUUCUGGGAAGGAGAAGAAGGGACCCUGUGGAGCCUGGCCUCGGGGGACCUACCACUCCAGGCUCACGGUAUGCUUCCGGAUGGGCCUUUGGUCACCUGACCAGAUGGCAUGCGUGGCUCCUGCCAGCACUUGUCCUGGGGCUGGUAGCCAGGGGGCCCAGGAGUGGCCAGCUCCCCAGGGAAGACGCAUGUCACGGCCGGAAGGGUCGCCGAUGUCCUCAGAUGGUUCCACACCCCCUCCCCCCGCCAGACCCGUCCAGGGGAGCAAGGGCAGCAGGCCAGAGCGACAGCGGAGCUGCCGCCCUCAGGGCCCGGCGCCGUGGCCCGCCACAAGCAUGCGCUGCGGUGCGUGGGCUGAGCCAGCUGAGACUGGGACAGGAAGCGCGAGCAAGUCGACCUGGCCUGAUGGUCGUGUCACUGCAGCCUCAGGGCACCCAGGGGCUGGGGUCUGCGCAGAGGAUCAGCCAGGCGGGUGCAGCUCGGGGCGGGGCACUUGGGCCCCUCUUGUCACGGCGGCUCCCUCUUUAUCCGGGUACCUGGGUCCACCUGUCUGGCUGUGCUUGACAAGUCAGCACCUUUACCAGUGCCAGAUACAGGGAAACAUGCUCUGCACAGGAAGGAAGUCACGAAAUCACUGCUGUUAAACAGCUGAGCGUCUCCCCCAAGACAGUUGGGUCCAGCGUCGGAAGUGGGAAGGGCUGCACCUAGGAGCUCAUCAGCUGCGCCGGAGUGAACACCGAGUGUCCCUCGUCCGCCACCUGCAGCUCUCUCUCCACGUGAAGCUCCCAGUCACACAGCGCCGUCGAGGGCAGAACCUGUGAUCAGUGCUCAGACAGUCUAUCCCGCUUCACUUCUUCUUAGGUCCGUAAAGGGUACACAGCCUGCAUUCCCCAUGAGAUGAGAGUCGUGCU